AUGGGAUCAAAGUCUGAUAUCUAUUUUGUCUCUUUUUUAAAUGUUACGGUAUUAGUAAAUCCAAAGCUUUUGCUUCCUGAUCAUGUUCUUGUUAUUUCUACGCGACCUGUAAUGCGUCUUUUUGAUUUGUUAAUCACAGAAGCAUUUAGAGCUUUUUCUUCUGCCAUUGCUAUUCAGGAUGAGAAAAUUGUUGGACAGACAAGUUUUCUAGGAAUUCCUCUUAUUUUAAUGAAAGUUAUGAGAUUUAUGAGUUGUCUUCUGAUGAGAGGCCAAUUUGUGUUGAAUACUCAUGAGAAAAUGGCUAGUUUUGAAAGGACAGACGACUCCCUAAGCAAAGUUGUCAGGAAAUAG